CGAUGCUAGUCAACGACAUGUCAUCGUUGGAGGGCUUUGACAUGUUCGUUCGGUCUGGCUAGGAGCGUGUGGUUCUGUCAAACACGAGUGCUUUCAGGGCGGAAACUGGUUUGAAUGAAGGAGGGAUCGUAUGCUCGAUCGGCGGCAUGUCAUCGUUGGACCUUGGCAUGCUCGCUUGGUUCGGCGAUGGUCCUCGGGUUUCUCUUUUCAAAAUGGGCAGGUCAUUGGUUCAUGGGAAUGGGGUUAUGGUUCCUUUUUCAAAACUGGGAUGGUCACUAGGUUCGGGGGAUUGUUUUAUGGGUUUAUGGGUACGGGGUUUUCAUGGGAAUGGGUCUGCGGAUGGGAUUUCACUAAUUACAUAUGGUUAACCUACUUGUUGCUCCCUGUUUAUCAUGGCUCGCGCCUUGCGAGUGUCAAAGGUGUGCUUUAGUGAUGAUAGCCUAUGUUUAAUUGUAUGCCUG